AUGCGGAUUCCAUUAGGUGAUGUCGUCCCUCAUAUUCCCACAUCCGUAGGGAAUUUGAUUCUUUCUGAUAUAUCACAAAAAAACAUUUGGUUUUGCCAAAAAGGAGCACACGAAAUUAUUUCCGUCGAUAAACUUCGUUCGGCUACUGCAUUACCAAUAACAACAACAACUGAGGAAAAAACUGGAGAUCCAACAGAUUAUAAACUUGUUUACGAUGUUAUGCGUGUUCAUAAAGGUUCUGUAAUGUUUGAGAAGGAUCAUAUUCGGCGGAUUAAUGGAAGUUGUACGGCAGCAGUGCAAGGAAAGAAUAAUACAACGUGCAUUUCAUGGCCUAUUGAGGAAGUGCAGCAAAUGAUUAGAGAGUAUAUUAAAAACUACCCAAUGGAAAAGGAAGAUAUAAAUCUUAAAUUUGUCUCAUGGUUCCCUUCUCACUCAGAAGUAUCACUCUCAUUAGAAUAUUGUGAUACAUUACAAAAGAACUUUACAUAUGCUUUGUAUUUUGUAAAGUCUUUUUUCCCUCCGGAGUCGUGGUAUAAAGAAGGGACACAACUCUCACUAAUGUAUAAUGCCCAACGACACACACCAAAUGCAAAGAUGGUUCAACAAUCAUUACGUGCACGUGCCAAAGCUCUUCAGGAAAGCACAAAUGUCUUUGAAGUGUUGCUGGUGAGUGAUGCUGGAGAACACUACUUGGUACCAGAAGGUUCUCGUUCGAAUUAUCUUCUUCUCACACAAGAUGAUCAGCUAUUCUGUUCUCUCGAAAAAGAUAUCCUUGUUGGGAUUACACUACAAGCUGUGCGGAGAGCUGCUAUAGCUGCUGGAUUUUCGCAAAUUCAACACCAAUCCCUUCAUGUUGGUGAUUUGUGUUCAGCAAAGGCGAUUGCAAUGCUGGGAACGAGUCCAGGUGUUCUUCCUGUGCGAGAUAUUCUAAUGUACCAUAAUGAAGAGAGUAAAGAAGAGUUUUUAAAGUCCAUGCGUGAUUAUGAAGAGUGGACAGAGACGAGAGAGAGAAAGUUUGUUCCUAUUGCUGCUACUGCGAAGGAAAAGAUUCUCGCAGCGAAUGGACGACUGGAACUGAAUAGUGCUCAGAACACAAUACUGCAACGGUUAAGAGAGGCGUAUGAAACGGAGGCAUUUCGUUAA